AUGGGGCGGAAAAAACCUGUUGCUGCUCUGGGAGGGCGGGACUUCGGGGGUUCAGGGGGGGCCCGCAGCAGCAGCAACAUCAGCAGCCCAAACCGAAGAGGUAGCGGCGGAGAAGCCUCUCAGCAGCUUCCAACAGCUGCACACAGCAGCACGUCCCCCACUGAAGUCUGCAGCAGUGCGGGGGCGGCGCUGACGUUCAGCAGCUGCCGAAUGGAGACUCGAAGUAAUACGUCAGGGAGCUGUGGAGGCAUUCAAGAGGUUAACAAAGGCAACAGCAGCAGCAGUAGCAGCACGAACCAUGCUGGAAGCAGCACCAGCAGCGUCAAGGGUGGCGAUUUCGUAAGCGAUGCCUUGCUACGCGACUUGGAAUUUGAGGACUUCUCUCGCGCUUCAUGUUGGGAGCAGCUGCAGCACGAGCUCGUUUCCUGUCUUCGUAGCCUCCCGAUUGCUGCUGAUCGUAGCCGCUUUUUGCAACAAGUGGCAGCUGCGCAUGCCGAGGCAGCGGCAGCAGCAGCUGCGGCUGCCCCGGUCCAUGCUCCUGCAUGCAUGCACAGGUCUGCGUACUGCAGCAGCAGCUGGCACGCCUACGCAGUCCCUCCUCCCCAAUUCGCUUGCUUGUGCUCCUCCCCGCUGCUGCAGCAGCAGCAGCAGCGCUGUGCGCUGUCUCUGCCACUCUUUUCUCCACUGGUGCUCCAGCAACUGGUGCCCAUUCCAAGGCCGCCUAACUAUUCUCGAGACUCCACUGAAAUUCCUCGGGAUCGUUUGCUGCGGCUCACCUACACGUGCUCGCCUCCACUGCCUGAACUCGGCUGCUGCUGCAGCAGCAAUAGCAGCAGAAAUGACAGCAGCAGCAGGAGGGCGUAUGCAGCCGAACCACCAGCAGAGGUGCAGGUUGCAGAAGACCUGCGCCACUGGAGUCCCUCUUUAUCCCCCAUAUUUUUCGACAGCAGCAGCAGCGGUUGCGGACGAAGCAUCAGAUGCAGCAGCAGCGACGGCGUCAGCACAAACAACAAAGAACUUCGGUGCGUCUCGGAGUUUCUGCAACUCGAAACCGUCCGACUCCCCGAUGCCUCAGGCGCAGCAACAGCAGCAGCAACAGCAACGGGGAGCGUCGAGCAGGGCGCAGGUGCAGCAGGAACGGCACGAAGAUUUGCUGCUGCUGCCGCUGCUGUUUCCCUUCCCGUAUCCAAGGAAACAGCGAGGGCAGCUCUUGCAGCUCUCGGGCUGGCGUCGCGCGCAGCCGAGCCGUGCCAGCAGACACCCGUAGGCCAGCCGCAGCAGGAGCAGCAGGAGCUUAUCAGCCAGUUGCCUCUGUUUUGUGUCUACGACCCACAGCACGAGGACUGCGUGGGUGCGCAGGUGUUGCGGUGUGUAGUGAGCGCUAGCUCAGCCUCUGCUGCAGCAGCGUCCCCAGGAGCAUCCCCAGCAGCAGCAACAACGGCGACGCAAGAGGAAGCAGGAGCAGGCGGGAGAGAAAGGAGCGCCCACGUGAUAAGGCAUUAUGACUGUAGUUACCUGUCUUCUGCCUUCUCAGUGUGCGACCUCUCGAAGUUCCUCCUCUUGCUGCUGCCGCACCUGGGUGCGGAGCUGCGGCAGAAACAGCAGCAGCAGGACCAGCAACACCCGCUCUUUCUGCUGCAGCAGCUGACAGUAACGGCGCAGUACACGUACUUCUUACUCAGGCCAUGGCAGCAGACACGUAGCAGCAGCCAAGGGGGGGCAGCUGCAGCAGCUGCAGCAGCUGACGUCCUCGUGGGGCCCGAAGCUUGGUGGCUGCAUGAGACCAACAGCACCUUCAAGGCUGGCGCACAUAGCAGCAGCCGCACCAGCAGCAUCAACAGUUGCAUUAUUAGUGAGUGGCGUGAGGUAGCUGUGGGGGCGUCAACUUUGCCGUUGGAGCCUGACGGCAGCCCUGCUCCCUCAGCAGACAGUUUGCUGCAGCUGCUGCUGCUCCAGCGUUGCCCUGUUGAGGCUUUGCACGUGAUCUGGUGCUCGCCGCUGCAGCCGCUGCGGGACUUCUGGAGCAGCAGCAGCAGCAGCACUAGACCGCUUGCUGCUUCGUUCGACUGUCGCCUGCGGCUGAACCUCUCUGGGUCCCUGCUGCGGGCCCACGAAAAGCUGCUGCAGCACCCCAGCCUGCCGCUGAAGACCCUGAAGCAGAAGGCGCUGCAUGCAGCAGACUUUCUGCAAGAAGACGCGUGGCAGCAGCAGUGCGCAGUCACCAGUCGUGUUCACCAACUGAGCCGCUUGCUCCUGCUCGCCGGCAGCAGCAAUAGCAAUAGCAGCAGCAUCAAGCAGCAGCCCUUCGUCUCCUUGAGUUCAAAGGUCCUCUGCGACCUAGAGCGCACAAGACGUCGCGGCGUGGCGCCCCACAGCUUGCGCAUGCAGGGGCGGUAUCCUGCUGCCAGCAAACGCAGCCGGUGGGACAACCACACCUUGAAAAGCAACAGCCUCCGCAGCAGCAGCAACAGCAGCAGCAACAGCAGCAGCAGCGGUGAGGCGAACGAGGACAGCGCUGCAAAAGAAGCCGAAGCAGCUGCCAUAGACGCGGAAGUGCAGCAACUGUUCAGACCUAUGACGCGCCAGCAGCAACUGCUGAUACAUGAGCAGCAAGUCAAACGGCUGCUGCUAACAGGCAGCAGCCACUGCAGUGCGUGUAGCUGCUGCUGCAGCGCUUGCGGAUGCUGCGGCCUUGAGCUGGCUUUUGGGUUGCUGUGGGGCAGCAGCAGCAGUAGCAGCUUCUUUGCGGAGUUAGCGCUGUGUGCCGGGAAGCAGCAGCACCUCAACCAGCUGCAGAGACUCUGGCAGCAGCUGAUGAUGCAGCUCCGCUGGAUGUGGGACCGAGGGCUGCUGCUGCCGCGCGUCGUUGCUGGCUUAACGGCGGCAACAGCGACAGCAUGCGCAGCGCAGGCUGCUGCUGCAACAGCAGCAAAAACUGCAACAGCAGCAGAAACAGCAGAUGCAGCUGGCUGCGAAGCCUGGAGCGCCCUAGCAGCGGGAUUAGGGGUUGCCUGUUGCCCUGAUGGCCCCAGUGCACUCCCAGAUGUGUGCUGUUGCUCGCUGCAGCAGCUGCUGCAGCAACUGAACUGCGCAGCGCAGCAGCAGCGGCUGCAGUGGCUGCUGCAAGACAUGCCGAAGGAGCAGCAGCAGCAGCCUUUUGAGUCUUUGCGAUUUGUACUGCCGCCGCCAGAGGGCCUCUCCCACCUCCAUGAGCCGAUAUUGCCAAUUCUUCCCCCAGUUACGGAGGCACGUCUGCCAUACCCAAAUUUGUGUUUUCUGCAAACAUGCAGGCAUGCAUGCAUGCUUACGGAUGGCUGUGCCUGCCUUGCUUGCAUUUGCUGUCGCUGUCUCCCUGUCCAAUACCCGACAAACAACGCUCUCGAAGGCCUCUUUGUCUUUUACUGUUUUGCUGCGGACUCUCAGAACACGCUGGCGAUGCAUGCGGCUCUCCUAAGGGAACGCAGGAGCGACGAAGAAGCAGCAAGAAGUUUUGGGGACCACUGCGGAGCGCUGUUGAGGCAGGCAAAUAAAGGUGCCUGUACACCGCAGGCCAGCGCGUUUUGGUGGCAGCACUGUUUCGCGCGCCUGCCCCGCAGUGUGGAACAGCUGCUGCACCAGCGAGAACAGCUGCUGCAGCAGCAGAGAGCUGUGCGUGCGGCUGCUGCUACAGCAGUCAGCGCUUCAGCCUACACGCACGAGGCGGUGCUGCAAGCUGCGAGGGCUGCUGCUGCUGCUGCAGUGGCUGCGGUUUCAGCUGCUGCAACCGCACCUUCAGUAAACGCGCAGAAGGGAGAGGUUGAAACUGCCCAGAGUCCGGCAAAAGCCGAUAAGCAGCACCUCUUUUUCAACUGCCUGGUUGGUCAUCGCGUUUGCUGCCUGUUUAAACUUAGGUGCAUCCACAUUGGCCUCGAUAUGCACGUACGUGACGCGGUGCGUUUGUCGCUGCAGUGGUGCUACCAUUGUGCUGCUGCUGCUGCUGCGUUGCUGGUGCAGAUAGAAGGGGAAGGGGCUCUUCACGGCCUUGAAUCGCUCACCGCACCUGAUCUGCUGGGGCAGCUUUUGCGGCUUCUUGUUGCUUCGCUAGCUGAACAGUGUCGACUUGCCUGUGCGUGCGUCUUGGCUAGCAGCAGAAGCCAGAGGAGCAGGCGAUGCAUCUACACCCCAGGGGUUGCUGCAGCGUUCUUUGGAGAUAGCAGCAGCAUCUGCAAAGGCCGUCUGUUCCCUUGCCAUAUCCCUGCGCUGCAAGCUGCGGCGGACGACCUGCAGCGACACGCAGUUGCUCAUUCUGCCCGUGCAGCUGCUGAUGCUGCAAAUGAUCAACUGGCGUGGCUGCCGCCCCUGCCGCUGCUCGCUGCAUGCAUGCGAUGCGAAUUUAUCUUUUCUGCUGCUGCGGGGCUGUGCCGACUGUGCGGCACAGAUCCGCCCGCUCUGGCAAUCGUGAACCGCGCUUUGCAGCUGCUGCUGCUCCGGCUGCAGCAGCAGGAGCAAACAGCAGCGGCAGCAGCAGCAGCGGGCAGCAGUUCCACCGAACGGGAAGACGGCAAAAGUCUCUCAGAAAGAAAGCUACCAGAAGCGGAGUGCGACAUACUAGUGCCCAUCCUCUCUUGCAGCGAGAAGCGGGCACUGCAGAAAAUGCUGAGUCGCUGUCAUCCGGAAAGCAAGACCACCUCUGCAGCAACAUCAGCAGCUUCUGCUGCUCCGUGGGAAGCUGUCCUGCCGUGGCCGCCGUUUGCCCAAGAGUUUGUACUUUUGCUACAGCCGCACACCUCUGAGGGGAAGCAGCAGGAUCUUCAGCAGCGGAAAUGGGCAUUCUACUGCCGAGCGCAGCACUCCGAUAGUGCCUUUGCGGUGACAGGAGAACGAUGUUUUCACUAG